UAUGUUUGUUAAUUAUUGACCGUGCUACAAAAUAACAUUAUCUUUUAAAAACAACCCGAGAUACAGUUCGUGGUAAGUGGCUGCUAGUAAAUACGAAAUAACAUUGACCUAGUUAACAAGUUAUUUUACGUUGUUCAACACACAUACAUACACUUCUGGUCAUAUUCAGUCCAUCUUAGAACGACAAAUUGAAGUAAUCAUGUAUAGGUACAUGGAAGUGCCGGGGCCUCGUCAGAGGAUGGUUCUGAAAGAAAAGGCUAUUCCAGCUCCACCUCCAACUGGCAUGGUGGUCAAAGUGAAGUACGCAGGAGUUUGCCACUCCGACCUUCACAUGCAAGACGACGAUGUUGAACUAGGCGAAGGGAAGACUAUACGCAAAGGUGAUGUUGAUCCUGAUUACAAAUUCCCAUUGGUUUUUGGACAUGAGAUAUCAGGUACUGUGUACGCCAUAGGUGAAAGCAAGAAUCCAGAUGCAGACACAUUCGAGAUCGGCGAGAGAGUGGUUGUUUUUACAUUUUGUGGAUGCACUGAGUGCGCUUUCUGCAGGAUGGGAGACAAUAGAUGGUGCGCAAAGGCACUCUCAAAUAAUAUUGGUCUGGGAGCAGAAGGCGGAUUUGCAGAGUAUGUGUCUGUCAAAAACAGAGCCUAUGUGUCCAAGGUACCUGCCAAUGUACCCAUGGAGGUUGCUCCUAUGAUGUCCUGUGGGGCGCUCACUGCUUAUAAUGGUAUCGAAAGUGUCAAGGAAUCAAUAAAGAAAUGGAUUAACUGGAAAGGGUCUGCAACAGUAUUAAUCAUCGGUGCGGGUGGUUUGGGUUUAUGGGCUGUUAUGCUGUCCAGAGCUGUCCUCCCAAAGGAAACUCGAAUAGCGGUUGCUGAUUUGUCGGCUGACAAACUCGAGACUGCCAAAGAAAACGGAGCUGACAUUACAGUACUGUUGGACAUUAAAGAUGAUAUAGACACUACUACAGAAAAGACGAAGAAAGCCCUAGGAGGAUUGGCAGAAUCAUCCAUUGAUUUCGUUGGUGCUCCAAACACUCUAAAGUGCGCAAUAAACGUAUCAGCAAAGGGAGCUACAGUAGCAGUCGUUGGUCUGUUCGGUGGGUCUGCAACCAUUCCAGUUCCAUAUUUUCCAAUGAAGAUACUAAAGGUUGUUGGUAUUUACACAGGAUCUACUUUGCAGUUCAAAGAACUAUUAGCCGUUGUUGACGAGAACAAGAUUAUCGGGCCAAAGAUAUUCAAAUACAGACUCGAGGAAGUAAACGAAGUAUUUGAAAACCUACGAAAGGGUGAAAUAAAUGGGAGGGCUGUUUUAGAAUUUGACGAUUGACUUUCAGUGAGGACGUUGCAUGUAUUCAAUACAUGUAUGUUUAACAUCCCAAGGAAUGAACAUCAAUAAAACAUUUCACAGUCUUCAGUUCGACAGUAAAGGAGUUUCAAGUGUGAUAUAAGAGGCCAGUGUUGAUGGGCCAUUCAACGUACAGGCCGUUUGUUCUGAGACAAUCUAACUUUGUGAAUUUAAAAUAUAAUAUUAUUUUUAACUUGAAUUUAUCAAUUCAUUUCCAAUACAAAUAAAGUGGCACUUUGGUUUUUACUUUUUUACGUAUAUUUAAGUCUUAAAAUUCGUAUAUGUAAAAAUCAAUUUAUAUUAAUGAUGUGAUUUUCUGUAUUUGAUUUUAUAGUGCAAUAUAUAACUUCAGUGGUCUGUUUUUUUGUCCAGGACACUUAAACAAACAAUACAAUACUGUUAACCCGACUAAUAUCCAAACCAAGUGCCAAAAACUAACGAUGCAGUAUGUAUUGGAUCUACUCCAUGCAGGCCUGUAUGCUUUUGAUACCUGUAUGAUUUUGAAAGAAUUCUGGCCAGGGAGGUUCGAUACUUCGAGUUGACCCCUGGUUAGUGGCUACAGACCUGCCCUGUUAUUGCAAGUUUAAUCCAAG